UGUCACUGAAGGGUUCAAACUCCGGGAAGAAUCUGAUGCUGCCGAUAUCGAAUCCUCCCAGAGCGAAGAGAGGGAGAGACUCGUCCGGCGAUGAGAAACUCUUCAGAGGAUCAUCCAUGACCAAACGUGGAGCUUACGCUGCUAUCUCUUACAUGUCUUGCGCAGUGCUGUUGGUUAUGUUCAACAAAGCAGCUCUUUCUUCGUAUAGCUUCCCCUGUGCAAAUGUCAUCACUCUCUUUCAGAUGAUAUGUUCAUGUUGUUUUCUCUAUGCUUUAAGACGCUGGAGAUUAAUUUCAUUCACGGUCAGCGAAUCCUCUGAUAAUGGGAUGACUCUUGUGCCAUUAAAGACUGUGAGACAUACCCUUCCUCUUUCAGGAGCCUAUUUGCUUUACAUGCUAGCCACCAUGGAGUCCGUGCGUGGAGUAAAUGUUCCCAUGUAUACCACCCUCAGGCGCCCAACAGUGGUAUUUACUAUGAUUAUGGAGUAUGUUUUGGCAGGGCAAAGAUACACAUCUCCUAUCGUUGGAAGUGUUGGAUUGAUCGUUCUUGGUGCAUUUAUUGCUGGAGUUCGGGACUUAUCAUUUGAUGCGUAUGGCUAUUCUAUUGUUUUCUUAUCGAACAUCACAACUGCAAUAUAUCUUGCAACCAUAGCCCGUAUUGGGAAAUCCAGUGGACUUAACAGCUUUGGCCUGAUGUGGUGCAAUGGAAUUGUAUGUGGACCAAUUUUGCUGUCGUGGACAUUUAUUCAGGGUGAUCUGAAGAUGACUAUCAAUUUUCCUUUUCUGCUCUCGCCUGGUUUUGUGGGUGUGUUGCUUUGUUCCUGCAUACUUGCUUUCUUCUUGAACUACAGUAUAUUUCUUAAUACAACUCUCAAUUCAGCACUCACACAGACAAUUUGUGGUAAUCUGAAGGAUUUUUUUACCAUUGGUCUUGGCUGGAUGAUUUUUGGUGGGCUUCCAUUUGAUCUUUUUAAUGUUAUCGGUCAAUUCCUCGGCUUUUUUGGAUCCGGAUUGUAUGCAUACUAUAAGCUCACCGGAAGUAACUUUGCUUAGCUCAUUUGACUCAUCCCAUUUGAGGCGAUCAGUUUCGGCCUUUGUUUAUAUUAUCCUCACACCUCAAUAAUGACAAAAAGUUCCUGACCAUGUAUAUGAUGCUUUCAGAAAUCAAAUUUAUGGCGAAUCAGAAGUUCCUGACCAUGCUUCUUGGAGACGGCUUUACUAUAGAGGAAUGACAACUGGUUUCUGUUCUAAUUUGUUGUAGUAGUAGUGUACGAAGGGGCUUAUGUAUUGUUGUUCUUGGUUCUUUUUAAUUCCAUUCUUAUCAAAUGCAAAAAGUUUUGAAGAUACGAAGAGUAGAAUUGUUGACGACAAAUUGCUGUAAAAGUAACUUUAUUUAUACCAAACGCUAAUUUAAAUGACAACUUUUGGUUGCUAUCCAACUUUCUCA